AUGACAAUUGGAGCUGAAAUAGCAAGUUCCCAGAAGAAUUGCUCUCGAAGUGUCUGCAUACCUAUCAAUUACUCGCUCCUGGAUCCAAAAGUAAUCCCAGUUCAAGUAAACGUUCAGCUCCAACUGAGACAAAUCCUUGGUUUGGAUUUAGACCAAAGAACUGUCACUGUGGAAGUCUUUACAAACUUAUAUUGGAAAGAUUGGUGGGUCGAAACAUUGAGUAAUAAGGCAACAACUAUAGACGAACAAGUCCGAGAUGAGGUUCGACUAAUUGAUUGGCAUGUUCAAGAUCUUAGAAAUAUUACCCAUUCUCUCCCGGUACAUGAUUCAGGUCUAAUUGCUACUCCAAGUUUAGAUGGAACUGGUUCAAUUAUCUCUAUAUCAACUGAAGCAACUGUUGUGUUCAACUGUGAGAUGAAUUUUAACCUGUUUCCUUUUAACAAGAUAAAAUGUGAUUAUGUAAUUACAAGUACAGAUUACGAUUCAGGAAAGUUGAUGUUCCAAGCCAAUUGGAGUCAAAUCGUAAAUGCUCAUAAACUGGAGUUUCAACUAGAAAGUGAUUAUGAAGUUCAGUUCGACCCUAUACUACCAAAAAAUCUGUCAGCGUCAGCAGUUCAUCGAGACCACUCCUCCUACCACUCUGCUAUUGGAUUUCAGAUCUAUUUAAAGUAUCGUCCUACUGAAGCUCUUCUUCUCUACUAUCUUCCUGCCUUAAUCCUGGUUCUUGCAGCUCACUUAUCUUUUCUCAUCAAACCUGACGGAGCUCCUACAAGAAUCAGUCUUGUUACACUAUCCUUGACAGCUGUGAUGAAUCAGUUUAAUACUCUCAACCAGAUAUCUCCUAAAGGAGGGAAAGGGCCUACUGCAGCUGCAAUAUAUCUUCUCACAUGCGUCUUCAGCAACUGCUUCUGUCUCGGACUCAACAUCUUAACAUUCAGAUUCAAGAACGAUCCGGUCAAAUUUCAAAAUGUAAACUUUUACUCUGCGCUCACUAGUUCAAUCAGUUUCUUACUAUUCAAUUUGAUUUACUGGCCAGUUAUUUUAGUCUCGAUCUAA